AACAAAUCGGAUGAUGUACAGUAUCCCGUCUGCGUUACAAUAGCCUUUUUAAAAUACUUUGGUUAUAUGGCGGGUUUCUCUUGGCUAAAUAUAAUAAGCUUUGAUAUGUGGUGCACAUUCAGAGGAUUCAGUUCGUUACGAAGAAAUGUCAGACAACGAGAAAAAAGAAAGUUGAUAUAUUAUACGAUCUUUGCGUGGGGAUGUCCGUUUAUGUUUGCUAUUUUAUGUGUCAGCAUGGAUAUUCUUUCUGCGUAUGUACCAUUGAUUUUGCGACCGGAAUUUCAUUUACAAGAUUAUUGCUGGUUCAAUGAGAUUGGUCCGUAUUUGUUGUAUUAUUAUGUGCUCAAAAGUAUAUUCAUCAUCAGUAGCAUUUGUUUCUCUAUUUUUACGGCAUUAAAAAUUAAGCAUUUCGAAAAGGAUACGGGUUCUUGUCUGAAAGAUUCGGAGAACAAUUGCUUUAACGAUAAUAAAAAUUGGUUUAAUCUAUAUCUGAAGCUAUUUAUCGUACUGUUUAUCUUAAUAGGCAUAAAAUGGCUUAUGUUAACAGCGGAAGUAUUAUCUGAAAACGUAUCAAUUUUCAACUCGUAUGUUUUUGAUUUGCUAAACAUUAUGCAGAAUCUAUGCACCUUUAUCAUAUUUGUGUGGAGAAAAAAGAUCAAGCGCAUGUUAUUCAAGCGAUUCGGCUGCGGUUUGUUGUCAAAAGCUCGAUCCGAAUCGAAUGCAACAUUGUCGAGCAUUAUUUCCACGUAAAAAGAUAUAUAUAUAUAUAGUCAUACAGAAGAAGAUGAGUUCUUCCGGACAAGCAUAAAGUCACAUUGAUAUGACCAACCUUUAAUUUUUAUUUGAAAAUUAAAAUCAUGUUUAUUUAUGCUGAUCUUUAUGUUUAAGAUUAAUAAUUAUAAUUCAUCCAUAUUUUUGGAUUUCGUAGCAAAAGCAUAUUUAUUAUCUCGUUUCUUUUUCAAAUUUAAAUGAGA